AUGAACAAAUGUAUCUUUGUCGACGACUCCUGCGAUCUCUCUAUUCGCGACAUACCCGAAGCGUAUCAUCCUAAAGAUGGCCAGGCCCUGGUCAAAGUCGAGUACUCAGGCAUCAAUCCAGCUGAUCUCAAUCAUCCUAAGGAUCUGGGCAUGAAGAACAACGUAUGCGGCUACGAAAUCUGCGGCACCGUCAUUGAAACAGGAAGGACUAGUCGCUACGCAGUAGGGGACGUCGUCUUUGGAUCCAACCAUCCCGGACGCUCAAAACCAGGAUAUCAUGGCGGUCAUCAAGACUUUGUCAUCCUAGAGUCAAAUCUGAUGUCAGCAAAAUUACCCGCUCAGCUGCCUCGGCCAGAUGCUGCUGCUCUCAGUAUUAUGGUGCGCUCAGCGGCAGAUGCGUUGCUCAAUCAUUUCGAGAUCCCUUUCCCUGAUAUAGGUGUCCAUGGGCCUACGCCCACUGAAGCUCUGUUGGUUUGGGGCGGUGCGAGUAGCGUGGGAAGUGCCGCGAUACAGCUCGCAAAGGCUAUGGGAGUGAAAUGGAUAUUCACGACUGCUUCACCUGCAAACCACGAGGCACUACUUGAACUCGGCGCAACAAAGUGUUUCAACUAUCGAGAUCCAAAUGUCGUUGAUGCUAUCAAGGCUUCAUGCGAAGUAACCAGCGUCAGCAUCAGAUAUGUCCUAGACACUGUGUGCAAGACAGGCAGUCCUGGCACCAUUCAGCAGUGCGAGGCAAUCGCUACAGCGCCAGAUGUCACACUCGUCAGUACCCUACCCCAAUUCAGUAAGCCACCUCGAUGGAGAAUGGUUUUUGCUUCGAGGGAAACCGACAAUCCUGUCCCGUUCGAGUUUCCGGGUGGAAACAAGGCAAAUCCCGUAUGGGAGGCUCGGCUAGAGAGGGCGGUUGUUUGGGCCGCGAUGAACUACGGGACGCAAUUCCGAAUUCCUCAUGUCAAGAUUGUGGAGGGGGCUGAGGAGGGCAUACAGGCUAUCAAGGACGUGAAUGAGGGAAAGAUCAGCUUGACCAAGGUUGUCAUCAAGCACCCGCUUUAG